AUGGCAAGAGCCUACCAACAAUCCUUCCUCUUGCCACUCUCCUUUGCCUUUGCCUUUGCCUUUGCCUUUGCCUUUGCCUUUGCCUUUGCCUUUGCCUUUGCCUUUGCCUUUGCCUUUGCCUUUGCCUUUGCCUUUGCCUUUGCCUUUGCCUUCUUCUUUGGUUUCGCCUUAGACUCUUCACAGUUGUCCUCAGGCUGGAUCUUCAACUUCUUUGCAGAGCACUCAGGCUGUACAUCACUUGAUAACCCAGCAGAGGAAGAGGCCGUCACAUUGGAUGAGGAGGAAGUUGUUGGAACGGAUGAGGAUGAAGCACUUUUCGGUUGGGUGCUGGAGCCUGAGGAUUGA